CGAAACUUAACAAAACUCGCCGUGGUACGUUUUUACGAGUAUAUAAAUUCGAAAGCGGCUCGAAAUGGUUUCAGUUGGUGUUGGUGAUCGGUAUAAACGCGACUAAAAGCGAGGGAAUACCUGUCUUCGUUCUUUUAACAAAAAAUACAAUAAUAAAUUCGUUCAGUUAAAGAAAACUCGGAAAGAAUAAUUAAUUAAAGCUAAUCUUCUUGUUAUAUUAACAAAAUCGGGAUAAAAAGUGAAACUAAAUUUAGUAUUUUGUUUCUAAUUUCAAAGUGAAAGUAAAAAAUAAUAGGUAAACUAAAAUGGAAAAAGAGUCGCAACGAAACACUGCCGAUGUCGCUCAGGAAAUUGAAAAUAAAGCUUCCUUGCCUUGGUAUGGAGUAAGACAUACUCAAAUGAUCCUUCUGUUCGUUUUAAUCAUCAUCGGAUAUGGAAUGAGGGUUAAUUUAUCGGUUGGAAUCGUCGCAAUGACAGAUACGGAUACAAUUUCAGAUAUUCCAACUUACAACUGGACAAUUAAAAGUACGAUUUUAUCGUCGUUUUUUUGGGGUUACAUCAUCCCUCAAGUCGGUGUUGGUCAAUUAGCGGAACGCUUCGGCGCGAAAUGGUUUUUAACGGGUUCAAUGGCAGUUUCCGCCCUUUUUACGUUACUAAUUCCCCCGAUGGCUGAAUUGGGAUCUUGGGGAGUAAUGAUUUGUCGAGUCAUUCAAGGAUUCACCCAAGGUUUUUUUUAUCCUUGUAUGCAUAAUUUACUGAGUAAAUGGAUUCCGUUAAACGAACGAUCCAGACUUGGCACCUUCGUAUACGCAGGAGGUCCUCUUGGAACUGUUAUUUCAAUGCCUGUAACCGGAUGGAUUUCGGCAAGUUCAGCAGGUUGGCCAACCGCAUUUUAUUUGUAUGGAGCUUUAGGUUUUGCUUGGUGUAUCAUUUGGUUGAUAUAUGGCUCUAAUGGCCCAACCGAUCACAAAACUAUUUCCGCACAAGAAAAAGACUACAUUUUGAAAUCUUGUGGACAAAGCGAUAAAAACAAACAUGUAACUCCAUGGAAAGAUUUAAUAAAAUCGCUUCCAGUGUGGGCUAUUUUAAUCACGCAUUGCGGUCAAAACUGGGGCUUUUGGACUUUAUUAACUGAAAUUCCAAUUUAUAUGAAAGGAGUUUUAAAUUUCAACAUAUCAAAAAACGGCCUGUUAUCAGCCGCCCCUUACUUUGCUCUUUGGGUUCUUAGUUUUCUCUUUGGAUUCUUAACCGAUUACACAAUAAAUAAAGGAAUAUUUUCGGUUGGCGUAGCAAGAAAAGUUGUUACAGCCAUAGGUUUAAUUGGUCCUGCUGGAGCUUUAUUCGCUUUAGGAAUGGCCGAAAGUGAUCAAAAAGGGCUCGUAAUAGGGUUAUUAAUAACCGCUGUUGGAUUAAAUUCUGCGAUAUUUUGUGGUUACCAAGUAAGUCACGUGGAUAUCGCCCCAACUCACGCCGGAACAUUGAUGGGAAUAACAAACGGAGGCGCAAAUAUUUUUAGCAUUAUAGCCCCUUUAAUUGUUGAAUUGGUCGUAACAGAUGAGUCCGACACUGAUCAGUGGAAAAUCGUUUUCUUCACAGCAGCAACAAUUUAUGUAGUCGCUGAUAUAAUUUAUACAAUAUUUGGAUCUGGCGAACGACAAUAUUGGGACCAAGAAAACGUUUCAGAUGAGAAUGGAAUUGAAAAACAAAAAACUAAAAACUUUUCAAAAAUUAAUGAAAGAACAUGACUAGUCCCUAAAUGAAUUUAAUAAAUGAUUCUUGUUAUGUUAGUUUUUAAGCAUAAACAUAAAUUAUGUUAUUUAUGUAUCUGUGAUAUGUAAAUAAAUCACAUUGAAA